CCUCACUGCCCGACUUCCGAAGACCUUUUACGACGUUGGGUCUCAGAGUCGUUCUCGGCGCCAGACCCACUUUUCGGCAAAGUGACGUGGACGUCAACAGCAAUGGCGGAAGGAGAAGAGGUCCUGCCACUGCCGACGUCGGGCGGCGACGGCUGGGAAAAGGAUCUUGAAGAAGCUUUGGAAGCAGGAGGUUGUGAUCUUGAAACUUUGAGAAAUAUAAUUCAAGGGCGACCACUGCCUGCUGACCUGAGGGCCAAAGUUUGGAAGAUUGCUCUGAAUGUUGCGGGAAAAGGUGAUAGCUUGGCAUCAUGGGAUGGUAUUUUAGACUUGCCAGAACAGAACAUUAUUCAUAAAGAUUGCCUAGAAUUUAUAGACCAUCUUUCAGUGCCAGAGGAAAAGGCAUCAGAGUUACUUCUGGAUAUUGAAUCUGUGAUUACUUUUUAUUGUAAAUCACGCAACACUAAAUAUAGUACAUCCCUUAGCUGGAUACAUCUACUGAAACCACUGGUGCAUCUUCAGCUGCCACGGAGUGAUUUAUACAACUGCUUUUAUGCUAUCAUGAAUAAGUACAUUCCCAGGGAUUGUUCCCUGAAGGGGAGACCAUUCCAUCUUUUCCGAUUACUCAUCCAAUACCACGAGCCAGAGCUUUGUUCUUUUCUUGAUACAAAGAAAAUUACUCCAGACUCCUAUGCACUCAACUGGCUUGGAAGUCUUUUUGCAUAUUACUGUUCCAUUGAAGUCACUCAGGCAAUAUGGGAUGGAUAUCUUCAACAAGCAGAUCCAUUUUUUAUUUAUUUUGUAAUGUUAAUUAUUCUUGUUAAUGCAAAAGAAUUUAUUUUAGCACAAGAAUCAGGUAGCAAAGAAGAAGUUAUCCAGUUCUUGGAAAACACUCCAUCCAGUUUGCAUCUGGAAGAUAUAGAAGACCUUUUCUCUUUGGCUCAAUAUUAUUGCAGUAAAACACCAGCUUCCUUUAGGAAGGAUAAUCACCAUCUCUUCGGUAGUACUCUGUUGGGAAUUAAGGAUGAUGAUGCAGAUUUGAGUCAGGCUCUUUGUUUGGCUGUCUCAGUGUCAGAGAUCCUUCAAGCAAAUCAGCUGCAAAGUGAAGGAGUCCGCUUCUUUGUGGUUGAUUGCCGUCCUGCAGAACAGUAUAAUGCUGGGCAUUUAUCGACUGCUUUCCACUUAGAUUCAGAUCUGAUGCUUCAGAAUCCAUCAGAGUUUGCACAGUCAGUAAAAUCUUUGCUGGAAGCACAGAAGCAGUCCAUUGAGUCUGGCUCCAUAGCCGGCGGGGAGCACCUCUGUUUUAUGGGUAGUGGCAGGGAGGAAGAAGACAUGUAUAUGAACAUGGUCCUGGCACACUUUUUACAGAAAAACAAAGAAUAUGUGAGUAUUGCCAGUGGAGGAUUUAUGGCACUGCAGCAGCACCUGGCAGAUAUUAAUGUGGAUGGACCAGAAAAUGGAUAUGGCCAUUGGAUUGCUAGUACCUCUGGCUCAAGGAGCAGUAUUAAUUCUGUUGAUGGAGAAUCUUCUAAUGGAUCAAAUGAUAGAGGAAUGAAAUCACUAGUAAAUAAAAUGACUGUGGCUCUGAAGACAAAAUCUGUUAAUGUCAGGGAAAAAGUUAUUAGUUUUAUUGAGAAUACAUCAACUCCUGUGGACCGAAUGUCUUUCAAUCUUCCCUGGCCAGACAGAUCAUGUGCAGAGCGGCACGUGAGCAGCAGUGACAGAGUAGGCAAACCUUACCGUGGUGUGAAGCCGGUUUUCAGCAUUGGAGAUGAAGAAGAAUAUGACACAGAUGAAAUAGACAGUUCUUCAAUGUCAGAUGAUGAUAGAAAAGAAGUUGUAAACAUUCAGACUUGGAUAAACAAGCCAGACAUCAAGCAUCAUUUCCCUUGUAAAGAAGUGAAAGAAAAUGGACACAUGUUUCCCAGUCAUUUGUUGGUGACUGCAACACACAUGUACUGUUUAAGGGAGAUUCUUUCACGGAAAGGAUUGGCUUAUAUACAGUCUCGACAAGCACUAAAUUCUGUAGUUAAAAUUACGUCGAAAAAAAAACAUCCUGAGCUAAUUACUUUCAAAUAUGGAAACAGCAGUGCUUCUGGAAUAGAAAUAUUGGCCAUUGAAAGGUAUUUGAUUCCAAAUGCAGGAGAUGCUACCAGAGCCAUAAAACAACAGAUCAUGAAAGUUUUGGAUGCUUUGGAAAGUUAAUAUAAAAGAAAUUUAUUUAAAUGAAAUUAAGGCAACCAAGAGAAACAUGAACAUAUAUUUCCUAACUGAAUACUAACCAGAGACCUUUCAUUUGCUCAUGGGGGUGCUUGAAUAGCAGGUGUAAGUGCAAAUUACUAUAAUCAAUCUUGGGGUAGUUAAACUUUUUUUAAAGUUUUUCUUUGCAGUUUUGGUUUUAUAAAAUGAUUUACUAUAAUGGUCAGAUAUUAAGUGACUUUGAAGUAACUGGCCAUGUGCCCUUCCGGGCCGAGGGUACCGACACACCGACGCAGUUCUGUUUUGAAGAGCUGUUUUAAGGGAACAUGUGUCACUUUGAGGUUUCAAAACAACCAUACAGAUACAUGUGUGCAAUGUCUUCACUGAACAUUAGAGAGAAUUGGUCAGAGACGUCCUUAAUUACCACAUUUAGUUUUACCCACUGAGAAAUAUCAGAAACUGAGGACAUAGGUUGAUAAUUAUCUCACUGUUUUAUUCUUAAAAAGAAUGAAGUAUUUUUAUUAAAAUGGUUGAUGCUUCCAGCCAACUCCAAAUGUAGGCUCUCAAGUGAGAUAGGGGAGCACUGGCUUCUAAGUCAUCUUUGCUCCAUUAGAUAAUUAUUUGGACACUAAAUGCUUCAGAGGUACUAAACUUCACAAUGGUUUCUAAGGAGCAGUUAAAAGUAUUGUAAUAACUAGACAUGUUAGGAUUAAAGCUGGACUUAGGAGGAUAGAAAUGUAUCUCUAAAAACGCUAUUGGGCAUUACUACAAGUAUAUUUGGUUUAGGAUAUUUCAAAAUACAUUGAUUUAUCCUUCUUGAGAUGAUGGUCUAUGAUCACACUAAUAGCCACUUAAAAGCCAGAUCAUCUAUUGGAUACAUUUCAAUUGGUUUAUAUUGCAUCCUCAAAUGUUUUUCUUUUCUUUUUAUUCUAUCUUCUCACUAAAGAUCCAGUGGU